AUGAUCGGCCGUCUCCCAGCCAUUGUAAUUGAUAAUGGCACAGGAUACUCUAAAAUAGGUUAUGCUGGAAACACAGAACCUCAGUCAAUCAUUCCUUCUUGCAUUGCCGUAAAGGAAUACAGUAAAGUUGGCACCAGAGAAGUUAGACGACUUGGAACUGGUUUAGAUGAUUUAAAUUUCUUCAUCGGAGAUGAAGCACUCGCUCUCGAGGGAAAAAAUGACUUCUCAGUGAAGUGGCCUAUUCGUCAUGGUAUUAUUGAAGAUUGGGACUUAAUGCAACGUUACAUGGAACAGCUUAUUUUCAAACUACUUCGAGCAGAGCCUGAAGAUCAUUAUUUUCUUUUGACAGAACCACCAUUGAAUACACCAGAAAAUCGUGAAUACUUAGCUGAAAUCAUGUUUGAAACGUUUAACAUUCCUGGUCUUUAUAUUGCUGUACAGGCUGUAUUAGCGUUGUCAGCUUCAUGGUGUUCUAAUCGAACUGGCAGUCGUUCACUUACUGGAACGGUUAUCGAUUCAGGUGACGGUGUUACUCAUGUGAUUCCUGUAGUCGACGGUUAUGUCAUUGGAUCUUGUAUUAAACAUAUACCAAUAGCUGGACGUGACAUUACUUCUUUCAUUCAACACCUGCUUAGAGAACGUGAAAAUAACAUCCCACCAGAACUGAGCAUGGAGGUUGCUAAACAAAUUAAAGAACGUUAUUCAUAUGUUUGUCCUGAUUUACCUAAAGAAUUUGCUAAAUAUGAUAGUGAACCAGAUAAAUGGAUUAAACCACAUAUUGUAUCUAAAUCAGCUAAAUAUCCAUCAUUUUCUGUUGAUGUCGGUUAUGAACGUUUCUUAGGUCCAGAAAUAUUUUUUCAACCUGAAUUUGUUAAUCCAGACUUUACAACUUCAUUAAGUGAUGUAGUCGAUGAAGUAAUUCAAAAAUCACCAAUUGAUUCACGUCGUGGACUUUAUGGUAAUAUUGUUUUAUCAGGAGGCAGUUCAAUGUUCAAACAUCUUGAUCGUCGUUUACAACGAGAUAUUAAACGAAAUGUUGAUAAUCGUUUAAAAUUAACAGAAGAACUUACUGGUGGACGAGUUAAGCCUAAAUCUAUUGAUGUUAAAGUAGUUUCACAUCCUAUGCAACGUUAUGCUGUUUGGUUUGGUGGAUCAGUACUGGCUAAUGAAAGUGAAUUUUAUAAUGUAUGCCAUACUAAAGCUCAGUAUGAAGAAAUUGGUCCAGCAAUAUGCCGUCAUAAUCCUGUAUUUGGUACAAUGACUUAAUUAUUGUAACCAAUUGCAUUGGAUUCUAUUCUAUUUUUUACAUGAUUUUAUUUUGUUGCUAUGUUCGUUUUUUUUAAUUUUAUGAAUAAUUUGAUGCGUGCAUGCGUUCGUGUGUGCCUACAUUAAACUGUUGACUUCAUUCAUUGCCCUCAGUUAUUCUACUGUUUAUCUUGUCUUUCUGUUCAAGUUCAAUUUUGUGAACUAACAAUUUCGUAACCGAAUUUGAUCUUUACAUUUUUAUUUGUAUUAAAAUGAUGAGUUAACUGCUUCUAAAUAGUAGAAUUUCCUCUUGUGAUCGAUGAGUUUCAUAGACUUUAGUGUAUUAUUCUGGAUAAAGAGUCGAAGUCUAGAUAAAGUAGAUUAAAGUAUCAUUUGAUAAAUCUCUAGAUUCAUUGACA